UUUCAUAACUCCUCAGUCAGACAGCAGCAAUUCCUUCACAAGUGCAUCGACAAUCGGACGUAUUUAUUUUCAGGCCACAUUUUAUUUCGCUGUGAAGGAUUACAAACAAAUAAAUCACUUCAGGAGUUACGGCGGACGAGGAGAGAUCCUCUCAGACAUGAUGGAGAUUGAAUUGCCUAAAAUGCACCAAAGCCAACAGGACAUGGAUCUGAUAGAUAUCCUGUGGAGGCAGGACGUGGACCUGGGAGCGGGCAGGGAGGUGUUCGACUUCAGCUUCAGACAGAAGGAGGUGGAGCUGCGGCGGCAGCGUGAGCAGGAGGAGGAGAAGCAACAGCAGCGUCUGCAGGAUCAGGAGAAAGCUUUACUCGCACAACUCCAGCUGGACGAGGAGACCGGAGAGUUCGUGCCUCGAAGCCUUUCGGCGCAGACCAACACGACUCAUGGAGAAAUCACACAGAAUGGGGCUUUCGCAGGACACGAAGGUGAUGCCCUGUCAUUCGAUGAGUGCAUGCAGCUUCUGGCUGAGACUUUUCCGCUAGAUGAGCCAGCUGAGUCUUUGCAGCCAGCUCCACCUUGCCUGGAUGCCUCGGUCCCACCAUCCACAGAUCUCAUGAUGCCCACAAACAGCCCAGUCUUUACCCAGAAUCCUUUGCUUCCAGGCUCUCUGGAUCAAGCCUGGAUGGAGUUGCUCUCACUCCCAGAGUUGCAGCAGUGUCUCAACAUGCAGAUGCAGGAGACAUUAAAUAUGGAUGGCUUUUUAAAACCCUCCGGAGAAACACAGAACCCAAGCUACAGCCAAUAUCUGCCCGGGAUGGACCAUCUCCCGUCCGCCCAGACCGAGGUGUGUCCCCCUGAAUACAUCAACACCUAUGACGGAUCCUUCAGCAAUAUGGUGUCGCCCAACCUCAGCCAGAUGAGUCUGAACGUCCCGGAUGUGGGAGCCGAGUUCGGGCCUGAAGAGUUUAAUGAGCUGUUUUAUCCUGAGAUGGAGGCAAAAGUGAACCCUCUCACGUGCGACGGAGGACAUAUGGUCCACCAACUGGCCGAGAUUUCCAACGAUCCUCCUGUAAAUCCAAUGGAUCUGCAAAGCUUUUCACCGGGGAACUUCAGCUCAGAAAAACCAGAACCAAUGGUGGAAUUCGCAGAUUCGGAUUCUGGCUUGUCGUUGGACUCCAGUCCUCACACGAGCUCCCCGGGGAAGUCCUUAAACGGAGAUGAAUCCUUCGGUUUCAGUGAUUCCGACUCUGAAGAGAUGGACGGGAGUCCGGGAAGCAUGGAGUCCGAUUAUACCGAGAUAUUCCCGCUGGUUUACCUUACUGACGAAGCUCAGGCGUCUCUCUCGGAGAAAUCCGCCGCGGAGCAACGGGAGAUAAAGGCAAAGAACCCAAAGACGGAGCCGGUGGAGGCCAGUGGCUUUUCCAAACCUCCCUUCACCAAAGACAAGCAGAAGAAACGCUCCGAGGCCCGGCUCUCCCGUGACGAGCAGAGAGCGAAAGCCUUGCAGAUCCCCUUGACCGUGGACAUGAUCAUCAAUCUGCCCGUGGACGACUUCAACGAGAUGAUGUCCAAGCACCAGCUCAACGAGGCCCAGCUCGCCCUCAUCCGAGACAUCCGGCGCCGGGGCAAGAACAAGGUCGCCGCGCAAAACUGCCGCAAGCGGAAGAUGGAUAACAUCGUGGGUCUGGAGUCCGAGCUGGACUCGCUGAAGGAGGAGAAGGAGCGAUUGAAGAAGGAGAAGAGCGAGCGUAGCACCAGUCUGAGAGAGAUGAAGCAGCAGUUGAGUACCCUGUACCAAGAGGUCUUCGGGAUGCUUCGAGACGAGCAGGGCAAGCCUUUCUCGCCCAACGAAUACUCCCUUCAGCACACCGCGGACGGCACCGUUUUCCUCGUUCCUCGCCUUAAAAAGACUCUCGUUAAGAACAACUAGCCCUGUUUUUCCUCUUCUCUCUCCUUCCACACUUGCUUCUGUUUUUUGGUACUGCUUUUCUCUUGCCAACACUGUGUCCUGACCAGGCAUGACGCAAUAAAGCGGAAAAGGCCCUUCCAUGUUAGUGUGUUUGGCUAACCAGCCUCAGGACAGUCUGUCAAUCAAUUGGCUUCAAUUGGUGGGUAGCUCCGCCCACAGUGGAAUCUGAUUGGUCCAAAAACAUUAAACGUCAACUGUGCUCGGAUUUUUGGUUCAGUUUAAGUGUCGAACACCUCCAGAGACUUGUCACGCAACUGGUUAGGACACGGUGUAAGCUUUACGCAAAGGAAACAACUAAAUAGGAGCGUAUUUUGCUUAUACAUCAACCGUUGAAAUGGCAGAACUAUUAUAUACGUUUUGCGUAUUCUACUUUCCUAAUAUUCUUAAUCUCUGUUGGAUUUUAUACUUCUUUAUAUUUUCUCUGAGAUUCUUUUACCGAUAUGGUUUGUAAAUACAUUUAUACUUUAUUUGCUAUUGAGAUAGGAACAAAUGUAUUGUACAUAAAUAGAUCUCGUUUUAGUAUGCUAAAAAUGGUUAUGAUAAUUUGAAGUCAGUUUUUAUAUCCUAAUUUACUAUUCUAUUGCUAUUUUAUCUCUUGACUUUAUGGCUUUAUAUUAAAUAAAUAUUUAAACCAG